UAUGAACCCUCUAUAUAUUACUUAAGAUGAGCUUCAUCAAAUGUUCUAAUCUCCAAAUUAGACCAAACGAAGCGCAGAUUCUAUAGUUACACUCGAACCAUAAACAGUAAAGUUUUAAUAAACAUUUUCAAACAUUCAAACAAAUAUCGAAGCAAUUGAUCAAUUGAAAAAAGAAUUAGCAGCUAAAGACAAACUUAUAAAUGAUUUGAAUUCAAGAACUUCUUAAUAAAUUGAAUCACUUCUCUAUUAAUAGGAAAAACUAAUACAAGAAAAUCUCAAUCUCAAAAAAGAGCUCAACAAUUCAAAAGCUCAACAAAAACACUAAUAAUAAAAACUAGAACUAUAUAUGACCGAAACAAAGACACUUCAAUAACUUCGACUGCAAGAAAGAACAAGAUACUAAAGGGAUAUUAGAAAUAUCGAAAAAUUCAAUUAAUCACUUACUAAGUGA